AUGCCAGGGAUGUGGGCAGUCGACAGCGGUGCGAUGCAUCACAUCUGCAACGACAAGGCCAAGUUUUCAAGCCUGAAUGAGCGAGAUAAAGGCAAACUAUCAGUGGCUGAUGGCAGCCAGGCUGCGAUCAAGGGUGUGGGAACCAUCAUGGAACGGGUGGUUCUGCCCAAUGGUGACGAACGCGACAUAGAGAUCAAGGAAGCACUGUUCGUACCAAAUGCAAGUGAAGCGCAAGAAUUCCACACAAGUCGUGACAACAGCGGAUCUCGUCGAUGGACUUUACUGGCUGCGGAAGCCUCAACGAUCGGCAAAUGCAGCAACACGAAUGGGACUAUCGACUUGCAUGCGUGCAUGGGUCAUGCACCCCUCGAAGUUCUGCGCAAGAUGGUGGCCACCGGCAUGAUCAAGGAAGCCAAGGCACCUCUCAACUCGACUGGUCCAAGUGUGUGUCGCAGUUGCCAGCAAGGAAAGAUGAUCCAAAAACCAUUCCCAACCAACCGUGACAAACGCCAAUAUGGUGUGUUCGAGUUGCUGCACUUCGACAUCUGCGGGCCAAUGGAACAAGUCUCGAUCGGCGGCAGCAGAUACUUACUGCUUGUGGUUGACGAAGCCAGCGGUUGCACGAAGGGCUUCUGUCUGCGGUCCAAGUCUGAGAGUGAAGACUGUAUCGAGAACCACAUUAUCAAGAUUCAGACUCAGUUCGGCACGAAGAUCAAGUUUGUUCGGCACGAUGGAGCGCAUGAGUUUGCGACCAACUCCAUCAAGACCUUCUACGAAGAUCAUGGUAUCGAACAACAGGUCACGGUGCCGUAUGCACACCAGACCAACGGCACCGCAGAACGCGCGAUAAAGACCAUCGUCACGAUCGGACGCAGCUUGUUGCAUCACGCAAAUAUGGAGAAGCGUUUCUGGGCUGAAGCGGCAAUAACGGCGAUCUACAUCAAGAACCGCCUGCCUUCACCCAAGAUCGACCACAAGACUCCGUUCGAGAUCGUGUACAAGUCGAAACCAAGUGUCAAGCACAUGCGCGUGUUUGGAUGUCGGGCGUUUAUCCUGACACCAAGGGAGAAGCGAUUGAAGUGGGACCCGAAGGCUCGUGAAGGGAUAUUCAUGGGCUACGAAGAAGCGUCAAAAGCUUAUCGAGUGUACGACAUUGAGGCGGGUCAAGUGGUGAUCAGUCGUGACAUCAUCUUCGACGGAUCGACUUUUGACUUUUCGAUGGACCGACCAAGUGACGAUGAUGAAAAUGCGGAGGUGGACCUCGACCUCCUGGCGAUCAACGAGGACGACGUGCGUCAAACCGUCUACAAGCAGACUGGCAAGCGCAAGAGUGAAGCAAUACCCGGCAUGUCACGUUCAGCUCGCCCUCGAACUGGGUUGGAACAAGCAAGUGCGCCGGAACACGUCUCCAACCGUCACCAGAAACGACGAUCAAGUGCUCCAGAAACGAUGUCUGAUGACGAUGAAGAUGCGAGCGUCUACGAUCAAGAUGACGACUCGACGCCUCCAACAUUUUGGCGUGCAAGUGCAAACGCAGUGGAAGCAACGGACCUAGCAGAACCUGUGACUUUUCAAGACGCGAUCAAUGGUACUGAUCAAGCUCACUGGCGAAAUGCUGUGAAGGCGGAACUCAAGUCGAUGCAUCUUCGUGGAGUUUUCCGUGCGGCAAAACUGCCAAGAGGCCAAGGCGCGAUCGGCACCAAGUGGGUGUUCAAGAUCAAGCGCAAGGCGGAUGGAUUGAUCGAGAAGUUCAAGGCGCGUCUUGUUGCAAAAGGAUUCAAGCAGAAAUACGGCAUCGACUAUACGGAAACGUUCUCGCCGGUGGUGAAGUAUGUGACACUGCGUAUGGUGAUCGCGAUCACCAAGUCUUUCGACUGGCCACUGGACCAACUCGAUGUGGUGACAGUCUUUCUCUACGGAGUGAUGAAGGAGAAGGUGUACUGCAUGAUACCAGAAGGCGUCGAAAUGGAUGGUGACUUUGACUGUUUGGAGUUGGUGGAGGCGAUCUACUGUCUCAAGCAAGCUUCACGUGUGUGGAACGAGACUUUCGAUGAGUUCGUAUGCUUUAUCGGUUUCGAAGUGUCGGCGUUCGACCCAUGUCUCUAUAUCAAGGUUGUCGACGGUCACUGUGUGCUCGUGCUGGUCUACGUGGAUGACGUGUUGGUCACCGGCAGCUCGCUCGAGUUGAUUGCGCAGACGAAGGCCGACCUCAAGACGCGUUUUGAGAUGACCGACAGUGGCAAGUGUACUUUUGUACUGGGCAUCUAA